AUGAGUCUUAUCGAUGCUCUAACGGGCGGUCCGUUUGCCGACACGACACCAGAUUCAGUGCCACGUACCGGCGCCACUGACUCUGUCCAAGGUUUUCGUGCGAAGGUCUACGCAAAGGACCUGACCCAGUGCGCUGGACUCAUUGCCUCUGAGGUCUCGGAUGAACUUACUGGCUUGGGAGAAGAUGAAGAUCACGCGCUCAUUGUUGUUGUACCGCGAUCAUCUUUCGCAUUGCCGACAAUGCUCUGGUUGAGGCCGAUGGAAAUCGAAUGGACAGUGCCUAAAGCUCGUGUUCAGCUCUCUAUUAGCGCCGAGACCCGAGCGCUUGAGCUACCUAGAGCGUGCUGGAGCAGUAGAAGAAAAUCUAUCGCUGUUGCAUCCGGACGCACUGGGAAGUCGUGUACCGCGUUGGCUUUUGCGUACGCCUUGAAGCCGUCGCAGUGGGAUGUGAUUUGGCUCCAUCUGUCUAGCACCUACGGUGUCGCGCGUUGUGUGUGGCUGCGUGGGGGCGAGAAGGUCACGUGCACUCUGGACAUGACGACGCUGACCACCCAGCUACUGCUGUUGUUAGGAGAGACAUCCAACGAAGUGACGACUAUUGUCUUUCUCGAUGGAUACGACAAUAGAGAGAACGAGGUGAUGGACGCGGGUUUCGUCUGCAGGAAGUGGCGAGAUGACGACGUUAUCAAGCACCGGCUUGUGUUUGUAUGCUCUACGGUUCGGCUCGGUGGAGACUACCGGUCUGAACUGACCCACGAUAUUCCGGGCACUGUCACUAUUACUGAAGAAGCUGCACGCGGAGUGAAAAUUCCAGCUCCCGAUCAUGAAAAUUCUGAGGAAGGAGAGGACGAAGAGAUGUUUGAACUGGAUGAGACGGACUGGCAGGGAAACAAACUGGAACUGGAAGUGCGCGACGCCAUGAGGUUUCUACUGGGCUCGUGGAGUUUGGAGGAUUACCGAGAUGCAGCCCAAGACGAAACGUUUUUCAACAGUGUGAAGGAUGCGUUCCCCUCGUUUCCUGAAUCAGGAUAUGCAACCGCAACACCAGUUGAGAGGAUGUCACUGCUAGAGAGGCGGCAAUCAGUAGAGAUGAAGCACUGUAUUGCUGGCGGCAGUGCUCGACUGAUGUUUGGCGUUUCGGUAGACAACGCGGUGACCUUUUUGGAUGACGCAGUUAGUCACUUGCGAAACGUUGGUGUCAUCGAAAGCUUGCUGGCAAUUUAUCGUCGUGAGUUCGGCGAUGAUGAGACUUGCUUGCUGAGUGCCUAUAUUGCUCGACAAAUCGCUGUCAGCCGAGGUUUCGAUAUCCUGGAGAAGAUAGCAACUGCGCGCCGUGUGACACCGCCAAUGGAUGAAUGGUUGUUUGAAGCGUGGUUCCUCUCAAUGCUGAAGACAGAAGAUAUCCGAUUUCAACAGGAGCGGUUUAGCGUUUUACGAGGGGGAGUAUGGAAGCGAUCAGACGUUGUUUUCUUCGAUCCAAGCAAUUCCUCUAUUGAUAUUGACCUUGAAUACGCCAUUUGUGUGACCCCGGUGCAGUGGAACGAAGCCGGGUACGAUGCUGUCUUCGUGGAUAUGCCCAACCGACUGGUUCGAUUUGUUCAAGUUACACGCGCCGACUACCACCGCUACGACCAUCGAUACUUUAUUGAGUUUUUGGGCAAACUCAUCGCUCAGCAAGACGAUCAACUGUCGGAUUUUCGUCGUCCUGUGACAACACUGGCAUUUAAGGAGAACGUCAUUCAAGUUCCAUCUUCCUCCUCCUCCUCAGUAUCAGUGGCUAUUCGUACCAUUGCUGGCUACGAGUUUGAAAACUGCGAAGCUGAGGUACAAACGCUUGAAGUUGAUUACGACGUGUCAGCCCACAAGUAA